AUGAGGACCACGACGAGUCCCACACAGUCCCAGACACACCACAACUCACACGACUCUCACGACAGUCCCACGACAGUCUCACACGAGUCACACAGGCACGACACACACGACGAGUCCCACGACGAGUCUCACGACGAGUCCCACGACGAGUCUCACGACAGGAGUCCCACAAGCCCAGACAAGUCCCACAACGAGGAGUCCCACGACAGAGUCCCACAACGAGUCCCACAGAGACAAGACAGUCCCACGACGAGGAGUCCCACGACGAGUCCCACGACAGUCUCAGACGAGUCCCACGACGAGUCUCACACGAGUCUCACGAGAGGCUCACAAGAGUCCCAGAGACUCAACACUCAGAGACAACACAGGCCCACGACAAGACAGUCCCACGACAAGACAGAGACAACUCACAGAGACAACGACGAGUCUCACGACAACGACGAGGCCCACGACGAGUCUCACGACGAGUCCCACAGUCUCACGACAGUCCCACGACAGUCUCACGACAGGAGUCCCACGACGAGUCCCAGAGUCCCACAACGAGGAGUCCCAGACGAGUCCCACAACGAGUCCCACGAGAGGCCCACAAGUCCCACGACGAGACCCACGACAGUCCCAGACAACGACAGUCCCAGACAGUCUCACACGAGUCUCACAAGGCUCACAGAGGAGUCCCACGACAGAGACAACGACGAGUCCCACGACAGGCCCACGACAGACGACAAGUCCCACAGAGACAUGAGUCCCAGAGACAACGACAGGAGUCCCACAAGUCUCACAGAGGAGUCCCAGACAGUAACACUACGAGUCCCAGAGAGGCCCACGACAGAGACCCACGACAGAGUCCCACGACAGUCCCACGACGAGUCCCACGACGAGGCCCACGACGAGUCCCACGACGAGGAGUCCCACGACGAGUCCCACGACGAGUCUCACGACGAGGCCCACGACGAGUCCCACGACGAGGAGUCCCACGACGAGUCCCACGACGAGUCUCACGACGAGUCCCACGACGACUCUCACGACGAGUCUCACGACGAGUCUCACGACGAGUCCCACGACGAGGCCCACGACGAGUCCCACGACGAGGAGUCCCACGACGAGUCCCACGACGAGUCCCACGACGAGUCCCACGACGAGUCUCACGACGAGUCUCACGACGAGUCCCACGACGACUCUCACGACGAGUCUCACGACGAGUCCCACGACGAGGCCCACGACGAGUCCCACGACGAGGAGUCCCACGACGAGUCCCACGACGAGUCCCACGACGAGUCUCACGACGAGUCUCACGACGA